CUCGGACAACGCUGCGGGACGACUUUGUCCGAAAUUUUCCGAGUGUUUAGUCACGUGAUAUUCUACGCCAUUUUCGAAGUCGACGAAUGUGAAAGAAAUGAAGAGAGAUAAGGGCGGCAUGGGAACUACCUGGAUGACGAGCAGACAGGUUGCCCCAUUCCAGGCUUUAAUGAACAUGAUCAAAGUGAAUUACUUUGCCAAGUCUGAGGUAUUCAGAGCUCUGAUAGCUCUACUGUGUGACUACGACAGUACAUGUUCAGAAAGUUUUAGAAAGACCUCACGCUACAUUAGUGUGCUUCUUGGAGAUAGCCAAGACCUUGCUGAUUGCCUGAUCUCCUUCCUGCCUCAUCCCUCUCCCCCAGCCCCACCUCCACCUGAAGUUGUUACUACCCCCUCCUGGCAUCCACCUAUGGUCAAGCCAGGUUUGGUGCCAUCUCACGCAGUUCAGAAUAUCUUCCAUCUUCAGUCAGGAAGUGCUGCUUCAACAUCCAAUCUCAACAUGCAUGAUCUGACAGCAACAUUAAGAUUACAGGAAGGAAUCUGUAGAUGGUGUGCACCAAUGAUGAAUGAGAACAUCAGUAUGCCUGGAUUAGUCCGGCCAAACAUCUCUGCUAGUAUGCAGAACAUGAAGACUAUUGCAACAGCCAAGUUUGGCUUUGAUAGGGCAACCCCUCUCCUUCGUCCCUUCAUGAUGCCUCAUCCAGGAGGUGAUGCUAGCAAUUGUCCCAGGAUUCAGUCAACAUUGGAGAGAGCUCCUGUCAGACCUCUCUCAGGCAGUACUACCCAGUCUGCUAAACAUCAUACUUUUGGCUUGGGACAUCUCCCAUCUGACCCCCAUCAUCUGCAGGUGCCUAGAGAUCAGAAACCCCUGGAUCUGUCUAAAGGUGACAUAAGAAGUCUCACAGACUGUGUAACUGAUCUUGUGGAUCAGGUCCUUCCUCUGCCAAAUCCUGUUACCAGUGGUCUCAAUGUAAAUCAAACGAACAAAACUGAACCAAACACUGCAUUACCAUAUAGGGCACUAAAUCAAAAUUUUACAUCACCAGAGUCUUCGGGUAUCAAGUGUGUACCACCUGGCAACACUCCACUUUCCCAUCUCCUGAAUAUGACAGCUUCAUAUGGAAAAGGACACUCUCUGCACACUUUGACCAACGGAAAACACACGAAUGACAUUCUGGACCAACACCAUACGACUGCUGUGAAGAAGGUAAACCGACUGAAAUCAAAGUCUGGCCGGGAACUGGAGUCUCUGAAGGAACUGACGGGGAAGCUCAAACUUGCUGAGAAGAAAAUAAAGUUGUCACAGCAGUAUGCCAAACUUUUCCACCCCACAAGUCCAGGUCAAGUUGGAUUCACAUCUACAGGAAUCCCAUUCCGGGUUAUGGACCCCAAGAUGCAGUAUCCCAUUCAGGAAACAGCCAAGAACUUGACUUCCUUCCCUUACAUCCAGAGGGUCAUCUUGCCAGAUGGCGAGAUGCGAACACUGAACUUCGACAACUCAUCUACUAAGGUGGAGGACAACAGUCAAGAACAAAAUUACGUUGAGACACAUGCAAGUGGACAUAAUUUGCCUUUAAGGCAAGAUUCCAGCGAUAAACCCAGGAAGAAAAAGAGUAAGCACUUGGUGAAGACCUAAAUCGGGGCAUUCAGAAAUCCUGAUAAAAAGCAUGGACUCCCAAGGGGUACCCCAAACAGACUCUUGUAGUUUACAAAUUGAUUCUUUUGUGUUUCAGGGGUAUUCUUUCACAUAAAUCAUGUGCAAUCAAACAUGUUAAAGUUAAACUCUUGUUAUAAUAAAGUUUGUUCCAAGAAA